AGAAAACGUCGAGGGAAAAAAGGCCAGGACGGUAAAAAAGGCAAAGAUGGAAAAAAAGCAACAAAAAAUGGAGGGAAAGAAAUGACCAUGUGCAGAGGCUCACCCAACUUAUUAAGCGAAGGGAGCUGGAGUUUUCAAAUUUGAUUCCCUGCUGACAACGGCCUCAAAAUUUACAAAUCAUAUAAACUCAGGCGUCUAUAUCGAAUUACGAUAAAUCGUGACUUCUAUCGGGCAGCCAUGGAACCCACAUUGCUUCCUCUCAACGCGGAAAUGACCGCUUUCUACACGUUUUUCUCAGUUCAUGGGCGGGAGUUUUCUUUCAAUAUAGUGAAUGUGCCUCAAUCUUCUCAAGGGCAGAAAGUUUCCCUAAAAAAUGCCAAGUUGGAGGGAGACUCCGAGCUCAGAAGUUUACUUGCAGGGCUAGAGCCCUUGGUUCAGCAGAGGUUAAAUCAAAGCAUAGAUGUUGGGAGUUUUGUCUUGGAGAUGAAGGACAUCUUGGAGCAUGUUGCUGGAGAUGUUAAAACUAAGUUCUCUUUGCCAUCGGCAGACUUCUAUCGCAGAGUAUAUUCUGAAAUAGAAGUCGUGGGAUGGGAACAUGUUGUUCACUUGGGUGAAGACUUAGCUUCUGUUCAUUUUCGUGUCUUUGAUGAGGGAGCUAGAGAGCAUGUUUUGGAGAUAACCCUACCUUCAAAGUAUCCUCAAGUUGAACCUGCGGUUUCUUCGGAGUUGCCUUCAAUGUUUGAGUUACAAUGGUCAAAUGAGAGUACUCUGAGAGACGUACUGAACCAAUUCAAUGAGUUAAUAAAAAAAUUUCAAGACUUCUGGCAUGUUAUGGAGGAUAUUGACAUGAAUGUGUGGGUUAUGGAGCCUCUACAUCCAUCACGAGCAAGUUCAUUUCGACGUAUAGCUUUAGGUGGACAUUGCUCGUUGUCACUGACAGUGAAUGCAUUUUUAGCAAGAUUUGUACCAGAAUGUCGCUUCUUUGGAUCUGACUUGGUAAUAGCUCCACUGCGGAAAAAGUGGAAUAGCAAUAUUGGACGAUGGAAAGCUGACAGACUGCUACGGGAAAAUCUUGAGGACGUUCUAGAAAUAACGUUCCCUUCUCCUCAAGAUAGCAUACAAGAAGACAUCAGCGCAGAAUGUGGAAUUUGUUAUGCGUUUCGGCUUCCUAAUGCUGAUGGUCUUGGAGCUGAUAGAGGAUGUGUACCUGAUCGAGCUUGUGACAAUCCUACGUGUGGUAGACCUUUCCACAGUGCAUGCCUUAUGGAAUGGCUGCGAUCCAUCACAACCACCCGGCAAUCUUUUGAUGUUUUUUUUGGCAAUUGUCCCUAUUGCUCUCAUCCUAUUGCUGUCAAAACCACUGCUGCAUGAUCCAUAUCAAACUGUGGUCUUUUGAUAUAAUCCAAAGUUAAAGCAAAGGCACAUUUGGCCAACACAACAAAAAGUAUAGCUAUAAUUGGAUUUCUUUCAUUAUGUGUUCUUACCACAUCCACUGAGCACACCGUGUUCUGGAAGAAUUCUAUAUUCAUUUAUUGUUCUUAGCUAACUCUGAGAGCAACGAAUCUUGGCAAGAUCUAUGUAAUGUCCCCUACUUGAUCUAUUUCAAUAUACUAAAAUUGAUUGAUAUUCUUCAA